CGGAGAUUGGGAAGCCUCUAAAAGCAUAUCACUAAAGCCUCGGCGCCUAUACAGAGUUCGUGCCUUCUUCCCAAAUCACAGCUGAGUCAUCCUCUGUUUUCAUUCUACGAAUUGUAGCUACAGUUCAGUCCCGACCAAUGGAAAGCCGUUUGAAGCCUAUGGACGCGGAGCAGUUGAGAGAGAAUGCCCAUAUGAUGGUGGAUUUCAUUGCCGAUUACUACAAAAAUCUGGAAAGCUUCCCCGUUCUGAGCCAGGUUAAGCCUAAUUAUCUUUGCGAGCUUCUUCCUGAUUCCGCCCCACAACGGCCUGAAAGUUUGCAGGACAUUCUUAAGGAUGUUCAUGAAAAGAUCAUUCCUGGUGUCACCCACUGGCAGAGCCCAAACUAUUUUGCUUAUUAUCCUUGCAAUAGCAGCAUUGCUGGAUUUCUUGGAGAAAUGCUCAGUGCUGGCUUUAAUAUUGUGGGCUUCAGCUGGAUAGCCUCCCCUGCUGCAACAGAGUUAGAGACUAUUGUCUUGGAUUGGGUUGCUAAAAUGUUGAAGCUACCAAAUCAGUUCCUUUCUUCAGGGCUUGGUGGUGGAGUAAUUCAAGGUACAGCAAGUGAAGCAGUUCUUGUUGCUUUGUUGGCUGCUCGUGAUAAAAUACUGAGAAGGGUUGGAAAGGAGUGUCUAAAUCAACUCAUUGUUUAUGCUUCUGAUCAAGCCCAUUCUGCGUUGCAGAAGGCAUGCCAGAUUGCAGGAAUUUAUCCAGAAAACCUUAGGCUUUUAAAGGCUGAACCAAGUUCAAGCUAUGCACUUGCUUCUGACUUACUCUCUGAAGCAAUUGCCAACGAUUUCUCAUCAGGCUUGAUACCCUUCUUCCUCUGUGCUACAGUUGGGACAACAUCUUCUGCUGCAGUUGAUCCUUUAUCUGAUCUAGGGAAGAUAGCUACGGCCAGAGACGUGUGGUUCCAUGUUGAUGCUGCAUAUGCUGGCAGUGCUUGUAUUUGCCCUGAGUACCGUCACUGUAUUAAUGGCGUGGAAGAAGCUGAUUCAUUUGGAAUGAAUGCACAUAAAUGGUUGCUAACAAAUUUUGAUUGCUCCUUGCUUUGGGUUAAGGACCGAAGUGCGCUCAUUCAAUCCCUGUCCACUAAUCCAGAAUUUCUUAAAAAUAAGAUGUCCACUUCUUCAGGCAUCUCAGGAGAAGGCAGUUACCGAUUUCAAAGACUGGCAAAUUCCUUUAGGACGUCGUUUCAGAUCUUUAAAGCUAUGGAUGGUUUUGAGAAUGUAUGGCCAGGAAAAUCUGCAAAAUUACAUCCGUAACCACAUAAACCUUGCAAAACAGUUUGAACAACUUGUCCAGUCUGAUUCAAGGUUUGAG